AUGGCAAAUAACACUGUUAGCAGUGCAGCGUUAAUACUAUUCACGACGUUGAAUGGUCAUGGCGUAACAGCGACGUCGUUGGCGGUGAACGGCGUUAUUUUGGUAAUAGGAAUUCUUGCUCUGUCCUCGAACGCCUUUGUUCUGGAUACCUUGGUGAAGAGGACGAGUCUGGAGGCCACAGAUCUGGUGAUGUGCCACCUUGCCGUCACCGACAUGCUGACGGGGCUGUUGGUCAUUCACAACGUUGUCCACCAUAUUGCUUUCUUCGUGAACUCUGCCGAGUGUCUCAUUCGGCUUGGUGGGACCUUCAUCUUUUUGUGUGGUUCCGUGUACCACCUUACCCUCCUAACAUUGGACAGGUUCGUGCAGAUUGUCUAUCCUUACCGCUACCAGGAUGUCAUCACCAGGAAGACCGUGUCCAUCAUGUCGGCUGCUAUCUGGGUCUUCUCAGUCAACCUCGGCCUCCUUCCUGUCUACGGUUGGAGGAAAGUACCCAAACCUUCAGAGCCUCCGUGUUCACUAUUUACAGUCCUCUCCAACGAGUUCAUAAUAUUUGGCUUGGUGACGUUUUACAUCCCUGUUGGUGUCAUCGUUACGAUGUACACCCGGAUAUAUCUCGUUGCCCGGAGACAUACGAGGGCCAUAGCUGCCACAGAAGUAAACAGCAAGAGCGAGACUAGGAACAGCCUGAAGUUUGCCAAGACUGUGAUGUUUCUGAUUGGCGCCUACCUAGUCACAAUUCUACCACUGGCAUUGGUCGUAACUAUCUACAUGUCUGGCGGGUCAGCUAUGAUGACACCAACUUCUGCUAACAACUUCGUCAUCUACACCAGCGUCAUGACUUACUGCAACUCCGUGAUCAACCCCGUCAUAUAUGCCUUCAAACUACCGCCGGUCAGGAAGAGGUUCCUUGCCCUCUGCUGUAGGCGUGCUGCAAGUGGUGGUGCUGAACACACGGCAUAG